UUGUUGUAAUAGGUUCUGCCUGGCAUACUGCAGAAGCAUUGCUGUAUCUUACCUGACAGGAACACAGAGUCACAGUGUACACUCUGUGGGGAGCCUGAAGAAGAAGAGGGUGGCGAUCUGCUCAAGUCGGGCUUCAGUUUUCCAGGGACGCCAGAGGAAGAGCUAGACCAGCAAUACUCAUGGUCGCCUUCUCAGCACUUCAAUGAAGAAAGAUACUCUCCUGCUCCGAGGAAUAUGAAAGGAUUAUCUGGCAGUCGCAAUCAACCACAGUUAUGUUCAGCUCAUACUUGUGGCUUAGCGUCCCCUGAAGAUUGUGAACACACCCACGACCUUAUCCACCAUGGGCAGGAGCCACGGCAAUCGUAUCUUCUCAGCCCCACGGAGAGUUGCCCGAUGGACCAUCAUCGUUGCUCACCACGCAGCUCCAUUCAUUCUGAGUGCAUGAUGAUGCCCAUGGUAAUGGGCGAUCACAUGUCAAGUAGCACUUUCCCCAGAAUGCACUACAGCUCUCAUUACGACUCAAGAGACGACUGCGCCAUGUCUCACGGUAACCCUAAGGUUAACCGUAUUCCUGCAAACCUUUUGGACCAGUUUGAGAAACAACUUCCUCUUCACCGAGAUGGGUUUCACACUUUACAGUACCAGAGGACCUCAACAGCUGCGGAACAACGCAGCGAGAGCCCGGGAAGAAUCCGCCAUCUCGUUCAUUCUGUCCAGAAACUUUUUACUAAAUCUCAUUCUCUGGAAGGAUCAUCCAAGGGCAACGUUAAUGGAACAAAGGGAGACAGUCGAGGGGAUGACCAUCAUCAUGGACACCAUUCCAAGCAUAGCAAAAGGAGUAAAAGUAAGGAGCGAAAACCAGAAAGCAAACAUAAAUCUGGAAUGAGCAGCUGGUGGAGCUCUGAUGAUAAUUUGGACAGUGAUAGCACUUACCGAACCCCUAGUGUGGUAAAUAGGCACCAUGCAGAUCAUAUAUCCCAUUGCUAUCCUGAGGCACUUCAGGGGCAUUUUGGGGAUCUUUCAUUGAAGACUUCCAAAAGUAACAAUGAUGUGAAGUGUUCAGCUUGUGAAGGGCUAGCAAUGACCCCUGAUGGUAAAUAUAUGAAAAGGAGUUCUUGGUCCACGCUUACAGUAAGUCAGGCUAAAGAAGCUUAUCGCAAAUCAUCACUGAACUUAGAUAAGCCUCUGGUUCAUCAGGAAAUCAAACCUUCCUUGAGGCCAUGCCAUUACCUUCAGGUACCUCAGGAUGAAUGGGGAGGCUACCCAGCUGGUGGGAAAGAUGAAGAGAUUCCCUGCAGAAGAAUGAGAAGUGGGAGCUAUAUUAAGGCUAUGGGAGAUGAAGAAAGUGGAGACUCUGAUACUAGCCCCAAGACAUCACCAAAAUUAACAGUUCGACCAGAGUCAUUAUUAAAAUCCAUUGGACAAAGACCACUGGGAGACCAUCAAAAUCAGAGCUACCUUCAAACUGCAAGUGACGUGCCUGGGGGUCACAACCUGGAUCCCUCUGCAAACUACAAUUCCCCAAAAUUUCGCUCAAGGAAUCAGAGCUAUAUGAGAGCAGUGAGCACACUCAGUCAGGCCAGCUGUGUUAGUCAGAUGAGUGAAGCAGAGGUUAAUGGGCAAUUUGAAUCGGUGUGUGAAUCAGUGUUUAGUGAAGUUGAAGCUCAGGCAAUGGAUGCCCUUGACCUCCCUGGAUGUUUCCGAACAAGAAGCCACAGUUACUUGCGUGCCAUUCAGGCAGGCUAUUCCCAAGAUGAUGAAUGUAUACCUGCGAUGACAUCUUCCAACAUCACCUCAACUAUCAGGUCAACCACAGCUGUAACUUACACAAGUUACAAAAAAACACCUCCACCAGUACCCCCUCGUACCACCUCCAAGCCACUGAUCUCAGUCACAGCACAGAGCAGCACAGAAUCCACCCAGGACGCAUAUCACGACAGCCGGACUCAGAGGAUUUCUCCCUGGCCGCAGGAUGGACGAGGGAUGUACAAUUCCACCGACAGCUUGGACAGUAACAAGGCCAUGAAUCUCGCCUUGGAAACUGCAGCUGCACAGCGCCACGCAUCCGAGAGCCAGAGCACCUCCAUACGGACCAGUGACAAGGCCAUUUUAGUGUCAAAAGCAGAGGAGUUUCUUAAGAGUCGGCGUUCCUCUAUAGGGAUCCAGGAUAGAGAUUUUCUAGAGCCUCAACCCUGGAGACGUUCAAGGGUGGAAACAGCAACUGAUUCUGAUACAGAAAGCAGAGGCCUACGGGAAUACCAUUCUGUUGGAGUACAAGUGGAAGAUGAAAAGAGACAUGGGCGAUUCAAGCGCUCCAACAGCGUAACAGCAGCAGUCCAGGCUGAUCUGGAACUGGAGGGCUUUCCAGGGCACAUCACCAUGGAGGAUAAGGGACUUCAGUUUGGCUCAUCCUUCCAGCAGCACUCGGAGCCCAGCACACCCACCCAAUACAGUGCAGUGAGAACUGUACGGACACAGGGACUGUUCAGUUACAGAGAAGAUUAUAGGACCCCAGUUGACACCUCAAACCUUCCACCACCAGAGCCCUGGCUAGAGCCAGCCAUUGAGACAGUAGAGACUGGGCGAAUGUCUCCUUGUCGACGGGAUGGAUCUUGGUUUAUGAAGUUGCUACAUACUGAAACUAAGAGAAUGGAAGGAUGGUGUAAAGAAAUGGAAAGAGAAGCAGAAGAAAACGAUCUUUCUGAAGAAAUCCUAGGUAAGAUCCGAAGUGCUGUUGGAAGUGCUCAGCUCCUCAUGUCUCAGAAAUUCCAGCAAUUUUAUUGGCUUUGUCAGCAAAAUCUGGACCCGAGUGCCAUGCCGAGACCAACUUCCCAGGACCUAGCAGGUUUCUGGGACUUAUUGCAGCUCUCAAUUGAAGACGUCAGCAUGAAGUUUGAUGAACUGCACCAGUUGAAACUCAAUGAAUGGAAAAUAAUAGAAUCACCUGAAAGGAAGGAAGAAAGAAAGAUUCCUCCUCCUGUACCAAAGAAGCCCCCAAAAGGAAAAUUCCCUAUCACAAGAGAAAAAUCUCUGGACCUACCCGACAGACAGCGCCAAGAAGCUAGAAGACGGCUAAUGGCUGCUAAGAGAGCAGCCUCUUUCCGGCAGAAUUCAGCCACAGAGCGUGCAGACAGCAUUGAGAUAUAUAUCCCAGAGGCUCAAACCCGGCUUUAA